CGACAAUCUGUGCAUUAUGAGCGAUGACAGUCACCACCAACAGACGAGGCGACAGGGUGUCUAGGCGCACCGAGACAUCUUCUCCACGACAAGGGCCUCCUGUCGCCGACAUCGCCAGGUGUCCAUCCUUUCCUGGAGAAAAGAAAAGUGUGUCGGUCUCACUCCACGCACAUGCGAGCUCACGGCCGUCUCCAAGACAGAUGUCGACAGCGACUAUUUGCGUGCGUGCGCGGAACUGUUCCGCUAACCCAACAUGACGGCAACCACCAUAAGCAAACAUCAACCAACGCUGGGGAGCGAGCUCGAACGACUGCGCCCAUUAUUCACGAAUGGACCAACACAUUGCCCAUCCGCAACGACAGACCUGUAUGCUCUUGUCAAUUGAUCCGCGAUGUGUUGGGCGGGAGUUCUUCCGGCUGUCUCAAGGAUAAGUAGACAGCUACUCCUCAAGAGCAUGCCCCCUUGACAUCUCACUUCUCUCGUCGGCUGACUUUAUCGCCAUGCCGCCCUACUUAUCCGGCCUUUAUUUGACCACAUCUCCAUUACAUGUCGCGACAUCAGCGGUGAUAAUACUUGUCGCGUGCAUCGCAGGAUAUCGCUGGCUUUUGCUGCCUCGGCCGCUGCUAGGUAUCCCCUACAACUCGGUCUCCGCUCGUCGAGUCCUCGGCGAUAUCCCAUCACUGAGCUCCCAUCCUGAAGGUCUAGCAGAAUGGUGUAUUCAGCAGCUGGGCAAAUUGGAAAGCCCGAUCUGCCAAGUGUUACUGGGCCCGAGUUGGUUGCAGAAACCUAUUGUUCUGGUCGCUGAUGUCGAUGGAAUUCGAGAAACCAUUCUUGGAAGGACGGAGUUCGACCGCUCGUCAUACGUCAUCAGCCGGUUUUCGCUCUUCGGAAACUUCCAUUUGAACUUCAAGACGGAUGACAGUUGGAAGCUUGCUCGCCACUGGGUCAAAGACCUUUUGACACCAAAAUACAUGACGGAGGUCGCUUGUCCAUCUAUCGAAUCAUCGGCAACCAGGCUCAUUAAGUUAUGGGGUACCAAAGCGCAGCGAGCUAACGGCAUGGCCUUCGACAUGAUCGAGGACGUGAAGUGCAUGAGCAUCGACGUCAUCUCAACAUUCCUUUUCGGUGACGAUGUCGAGGAGUCAAUGAUGAUAAGGGAACUUCAGCAAGCCCAAGGAUUUGAAUUCGCAAAGCUGAGCGCCGGGAACCACAGCGCCGAAAUCAUUUUCCCUCGAGCUGAAGUCAGCGAUUUCUCUAAAAGGCUUAUCGUGAUUGGCGAUCGACUCACUGCGCUGUUCGCAAGUCUGUGGCCUCCUUCACUUGCUGCUCGAUGGACGCUCUACAUGUGUCCACAGUUUCGCAGACAUUUCUUCGAGAAAGAUACGUCCAUCCGAGAGCUUAUCGAUCGCUCGAUCGCUCGGGCGACGCACGGUGAUGCCUCCGUCAAAUCCGGACUUGAUCACAUGGUCUGGCGAGAAACCAAGGCGGCAGCCAAGGCCGGGCGUCCGUCAAAGGCAUUCACACAAACAAUGAUCGACGAGACAUACGGUAUGCUCGUCGCAGGCCAGCAUACCACCAGCGCCGCGAUUGUCUGGAUGCUAAAGUAUCUUAGUGGUUUUCCAGAAGUCCAAACCCGACUUCGCCAAGAGCUUCACGAUGUGUGCGGUCUAGCUUUGAGAGAGCAUCGAUUGCCGACAAGCAUGGAGAUCUCGGAGUCCCUGGGCCAAUUACCUUACCUACGGGCGGUUAUCGAGGAGAUGCUUCGCUUGCGCCAAGCGGUGCUUAUCCCACGAGACGCUGUGCGCGAUACCGAGUUGCUGGGGUAUCGCAUACCGGCAGGUACGGCCAUCAUGAUAGUCUGCCAAGCUCCGACGCCGCCAUCGCUUCACUCUCCCUACAGUGAAACUUCGGACACGUCGCAUGGACGGCCCGGCAAGAUCGCGUAUCAUCCGAGUAUUUUCGACCCGGAACGAUGGCUGGUCUACGAUCAAAGCGGCAAGGCGACAUUCAAUUCCAAUGCUCGUCCCCAUCUCGCCUUCGGUGGUGGCACCCGAGCCUGUUGGGGCCGGAAAUUGGCGGAUCUCGAGAUCCAAAUCGUGACGGCCAUGCUUGUGUGGAGCUUCGAUUUCCUUGCUGUGCCCGAAGCUUUAUCGACCCACAAGGCCCUGUACGAUAUCACAUACCGCGCGAAACAAGGGUUCGUCAAUCUGAGGGUCCGCGCGUUGUAGAUUGGAUACCUGGCUCGGCGACGACGAUUAGAAUCUGCGGCGCACGGCUGCCGCAUUUGAAGGUAGUGUGCACCACGACGUAGACUGGGCCUCGUAGAUAGUCAGCUCCGUUUGGGUGAUCGGCUUCCAUGCUCCGAAGGAAUGCUUAACCCUUACUCAUCCGCGACGCUGUAUGUGCCUUGUCGAAGAUAGUCAAAAUCAAGAGCAGACACGGCCAUUUACUUUUUGAAACCUGGAUAAUGUGUCUCCCAUUGAAGCUGAAAGCUGAUAAUUGACGACCGCAGUAACGCAUGUGCUCGCCAAUGCACGUGAGCUCAUGGAGAUACAGUAGUUGAUAAUAAGCUCAAAACGGCGCAAACAUGCUGCUACCGUCGACCUCUACAGCUGUAAGUUGUCAUUCCUAUUCCAGGUGUUGUUACUAGUUGACACUACACCAUUAAGACUGUGCUUGAUAGCUUAUCCAUGCCUGAGAACCAA